UGGGGAAGAAUUAGAGGAAGAUUUUCAAUAUUGUCCAAAAUGUGGGAUAAAAAAGGACACAGAUCAACCUUCAUACAGGAUCCUUCUAUCAGAUWAGGYAGUAAGUGAAAAAGAAGCAAUCGAAGCAUAUUUCUACAGCGGAUUCARUUAUGAAGCCAUCAUAAACUUUCUUGCCAAGUACAAUGGCAUUGUCAUGUCUAUGUCCACACUGAAAAGAAGAUUGUCUUCGUAUAACCUUCAAAGAAAUAAAAAGGAUAUAGAUUUAUCUGAUGUUGAGGGAAUGAUAAGACACGAGUUGGAUGGUCCAGGCUGUAUUUCGGGGUAUCGAGGAAUGUGGCACACACUUCGUAUAAAGUACAAAGUUCACGUUCCUCGAAAAGAAGUCGAACGUCUAAUGAGGCAACUAGACCCAGCUGGAGUACUAGAAAGAAAACGUCAUAAACUAAAAAGGAGGAAAUAUGUUUCACCAGGGCCAAAUCAUUGCUGGCAUGUUGAUGGUUAUGAUAAAAUUAAACMUUUUGGCUUCGCUAUACRUGGUGCCAUAGAUGGUUAUAGCCGGCGCAUUAUGUGGCUUGUAUUGGAUAGAACAAACAAUGACCCAGCAGUGACUGCAAGGUUUUUCGUAGAUUGUAUUGAACAGGUUGGUGGUUGUCCUACAUUACUUAGAACAGACUGUGGAACUKAAAAUGGUGUUAUGGCAGGCAUACAGUGCUCCUUAAGAGCUGAUGAUGACGACCAGUUUGCAGGAGAGAAGUCUCAUCUCUAUGGUAGUUCAACAAGCAAUCAAAGGAUAGAGUGCUGGYGGUCCUAUUUGAGGCGAAGUCGGUUUUCAUGGUGGAUUAACUUUUUUAAGGAUCUUAAAGACCAGGGAACAUUCUUACAAGGUAAUGUGCUUUAUGAAGAGGGACUCUGUUUCUGCUUUGCAGAAUUAAUUCAAARAGAUUUAGRCUUUGUUAGUGUUCACUGGAAUACACACUAUAUUCGCCAGUCAAGGCAUGAUACUGUUGCAGGCAAGCCAGAUGAGUUGUACUUUCUUCCAGAAAAGUUUAAUUUUGCAGAUCAGUUACAUUCAGUACCUCUGGAUAAGAYUGAAGAAGCAAGAUUGAGAUGUACCAGUUCUGAAACCRCCAAUGAUUAUCAAGAGUACUUUAAUCAUGUACUAUCCCUUCUUGGAAUUAAAAAGCCCAAUCACUGGAAGGAAGCAUUACAACUGUACAGUUACYUAAUGGAAAAUGCUUGUUAAGAGUAACCUGAAGUACAUUGCAAUCUAUAUAUAUAAACUGCUUACAUUUCUGAUGUGCCAGCUCUGGUAAUAAAGGAAACUGGGAUCCAACAAGAAGACCAGUUUUAUCCCGAUGUAAGAUGAUUGCACACAUAAACUAAAAUCAGCACUCCCCAAACAUGGUAGUGACAGUACAGUGGACACUUCUUUAGACAAUGAGGAGUGACCUUCAUGCUUCAACAAAAGUUUUUUACAAUUUGUUUUAUUUGAUUGUCACAUAGGAGCGAAUUCGCAAAUCACACUUUUAAUGAGUUCUGAAUAUGCUAAUUCAGCUGUGUAUCUAGAAAAACUAACACGAAAAUGAAAAAAAAACCCCACACAACGAAAUUAACUGUAACAUAUACUUUACUUCUUUAGUCAGCUCUAACCUCAUAGCUGUCAAAACUGUUUCAGUUUCUCAAGUUUUGUUUCAUAGGAUAGUUAAGGAUAGUUGAGUACGAUUUGCGCAAUAAUUUUGUAGUUGUGCGGUUAGUCGAUGAUAGUUAAGUUUAAGAAAUAUAGGUUAUGUUACAGCUUAUUUCGUUGUGCGGUUAUUUUUUGGCUUAUCAUGGUAGUUUUUGUAGAUACACAGCUGAUUAGCGUAUUCAGAACUCAUUAGCAUGGCAAAGUGCGAUAUGCGAAUUCACUCUAUAGAUAGCAAAAGCUUAUGUCACCAGAACUAGUACCAUACAUCUUAUCCAGUCAUAAGUUCCCCUGAUCAUGAGCAAUCUGCAAAUACUCAUUUUUUAAAUCUAAAUCAAGAUAAUUAAUUCCUAUUCUGAUAUUUUAGUAUUUUGCUUAUCUUAUUUGACAACAUUCUUGCAGUUAGGUGUGCAAAGAUUUCCUUAAAUCGAUCCUUAGAAUAUUUCCACAGAGAAAUAAUGAAAUAAUAAAGCUGGAAGCAAGCAUAUAUAAGAUACACCAUUAAUGACUGCAUCAGUUUUUAUCACAUAAUAAAAUCUUAAUUUGAAUCUUAA